AUGCCGCCACCCCCUCCCCAGCAGCCCAACCCCCCUCCCCGCCCGCAACAACAACAACCCGCAACCGCCACGACGACAUCAUCCACAACCAACACCCGCGGCUCCGCCGACGACGUGCGCCGCUUCCGCGACGGCGACGAGGCCAGCCUGGCCGUCGAGGAGCGCGGCCAGCUCGUCCGCGCGGCGUUCGUCGUGCGCCGCGCCCGGCUCGACCCCCGCGGCUCCGGCCGCUGGCAGUACCAGCUGUGGCGCGAGCCCGACGGCACCCCCUUCGAGGCGGGGAGGUGGGUGGGGGAGGGGGAGUUGUCUUGA